CUGCUACAUGUAAUUGUCUGUUGGUAACUUGGCAGCAGUCUCUAGCAGAUGAAAAUCUGCUCUGUGUCAUGCUGACGCAAAUAUAAAAGCAGCACAUCGGACAAAGUGGUUUCGUCCUCGCAGUCGAGAUUCUCGAGUUCGGUUUGGUGCUAGCUCGUCUCCCAAAAGAUUUCACUUGUGUUACGUUGUCUCUAUACCAAGAUCAUGAAACUUGGCCAAUUAUUACCAGCCUUGUGUGCGGCCACCUGUCAUGCUCUGAGCACAGCAGAGUGGCAACAGCAGUCCAUCUAUCAGGUCGUCACUGAUCGCUUUGCACGGACCGACGGUUCCACGACUGCCUCAUGUGAAACAACGACAUAUUGCGGCGGGACAUGGAAGGGCAUUACCAAUGCCUUGGAUUACAUCCAAAGCAUGGGGUUUACUGCUGUAUGGAUUUCGCCUAUCGUAAAGAACAUAGAAGGAGACACUGGUUACGGGUAUGCCUAUCAUGGCUACUGGGCGCAAGACAUCUGGUCUCUGAACUCCAAUUUUGGAACAGAACAAGACCUGGUUGACCUUUCUUCGGCUUUACACAAACGGGGAAUGUACCUCAUGCUCGAUAUCGUCACCAAUCACUUGGGUUAUAAUGGCUGCAGUACCUGCGUCGACUAUUCCAUCUUCAACCCCUUUUCAUCCUCGUCGUACUUCCACCCUUAUUGUGCCAUCAACUACAGUGACGAGAACUCGGUGCGCAAUUGCUGGCAAGGCGACAACAUCGUCAGUCUGCCGGAUCUACGGACCGAGGAUGACGCUGUGCGGGAUAUUUGGAAUGACUGGAUUAAGAAAAUAGUAUCCAAAUAUUACGCCGACGGACUCCGCAUUGACAGUAUGAAACACAUUGAAUACGACUUCUUCCCGGACUUUGAGGGUGCUUCGGGCGUGUUCAAUCUGGGAGAGGUUUACGAAGGCAAUCCCAACAACAUCUAUCCGUGGUUGAAUUAUACGAGCGGGGUCCUGAACUAUCCAGCCUACUAUUGGAUCACGCGUGCUUUUCAGUCGACUUCUGCCACAAUGACUGAGCUUGUCGACGGAAUCAACGAUAUAAAAGCCUCAAUAAAAACCAGCACUCUCGGGUCAUUUCUAGAGAAUCACGACCAGGUGCGGUUCCCGCAUUGGACAAAUGACAUGGCCUUGGCCAAGAACGCGAUCGCUUUUACCAUGCUUAUGGAUGGCAUCCCGAUCAUCUACCAAGGCCAGGAGCAGCACUUCUCAGGUGGCGAAAUCCCCGCAAAUCGUGAGGCGUUGUGGACGUCUGGGUAUAGCAAGACCGCAGAACUAUAUAUCUGGAUCACCAAAGUGAAUAGUAUGCGAGCGCAGGCGAUUGCCAAAGACAACAGCUACACCACUUACCAGGCGGACCCCAUAUACUCCGACUCGCAUACCAUCGUCCUGCGCAAGGGCUCCACUGGCUCUCAGGUGGUAUCCGUGUUCACGAACAUCGGUGCCAGCGGCAGUAGCUACACCGUCAGUCUCUCUGCGAGUGCCACCGGCUUCACUGCUAGUCAGUCGCUCGUCGAAGUCAUGAGUUGUGCCGCUUACACCACGGAUUCAAGUGGCGAUCUAAAUUUUCAAAUGGGCUCCACGGCGAAGAUCUUCUACCUGAGUGCGAAACUUGACGGCAGUAAAAUAUGCGAUACCGUCACUGACCCAGGAACGACUACAACGGGGCCAACGCAGACGACAACGAUGGAAACUACCACUCGCACAUCUACUACGGGAACAGCAUGCGCAACCUCGACAGCAGUAGCUGUUACAUUCGAAGAACUUGCCUCGACAUCGUAUGGGGAGACUAUAGAACUAGUCGGUAACAUUACCGCCCUGGGAAACUGGGAUUCGAGCAACGCCGUGGCUUUAAGUGCCACCCAGUAUACAGACAGUCACCCCCUCUGGACCAAAACCAUUAAUUUUUCACCAGGGACGGCAAUACAGUACAAGUACGUGAAAGUGGAUGGCUCUGGGAGCGUGAGCUGGGAGGAUGAUCCGAAUCACACCUAUACCGUCCCCGGGGUUUGUGAGACGGCCACGACGGUUUCAGAUACUUGGCAGAGUUGAAGUGGGUUAGCGAGUUUCUUUUCUGUCAGUUCAUAUGUUAUGCAGGAUGCAGCUCUGGCUUGAUCGCUGAGCAUGAGUUCGUUGUUGUUCAUAAACACAUACUUGAGUGGGGAGAGUUGGAAGCGCUACACUCAUGUAGGUUACGCAAGACAUAAAGUAAAUCAAAG